AUGGCCAGCUCUGAAAAGAUCCACCUGUUCGACCUCUGGUCCGACUUCACAGGCCCGGACAAGUCAUGGUCCCCAAACACCCUCAAGACCAGAAUGGUUCUUAACUACAAGAGAAUUCCCUAUACCCAAAGCUGGGUCUCAUACCCAGACAUUGCAAUCCUACUAAAGAGCCUGGACGUACCACCGCACAAGGUGGCAGUGCCAUACACGCUCCCAGCAAUCACCCACAAGGGCGCGAUAAAAGCAAACCCAGAUGGCGCCCUUAUGGACUCCGAGGCCAUUGCCACAUACCUGGACGAGCUUUACCCCUCGCCGCCACUCUUCCCUUCCGGCGACGCGAGCUACGUGAUCCUUCUUGCCGUGCGGAAGAUCGCGGCGCUUCUCUCGCCAAGUAUCAGAUCUCUGAUUAUUCCUAAUGUGCCUGGACAUUUGGAUCCUCGAGGCCAGGAAUACUUUGAGCGGACGCGUGCUCAGACUUUUGGAAAGCCGCUUUCCGAGGUUCGGCCGAAGGAUGAGGAGUCGUUGGUUGCGCUUUGGGAGGUCAUUGAGAAGGAGAGUGAGCCUUUGAUCAAGAUGCUCAAGGGGCGGGAGGGGAAGAAGGGACCAUUUUUGGAAGGAGAGAAGCCUGGGUAUGCUGAUUUUACUUUGGCUUGUAUCUUGGCGUUCUUCAAUCGCUUUGAUCGGGAUGUUUUUGAUAAGAUCUUGGUUCUGGGUGGUGGAGAGUUUAAGGCACUUUAUGAGGCCUGCUUGCCUUGGUUGGAGGGUCAGGGCGAAGAGAGAGAGUGGCCGAUCCCUCAGUAG